AUGAACGAAGUAUUGGAUAUCGCUGCUAUUAUUCUCGACCUCCAUCGGAUGAGGCUCGAGCUAGAACGAUCCUUGGAAUCGUCAGAAGAAGCGUUGCUCACUCGACAUGGAAGUGUUAGAGGGCGUAGGAUGCACGUGUUUAACACAAUUCGCAUGAUGCGCAUGAAAAGCCAAUGGAAGAGAGAUUACAUCCAAGAGGAAAAGGACAGGAUUGUUGUUUACAUCACUACUUGCGGAAUUCUACGUAGGAUAUGGGAGCGAUGCAGAGAUACUGUGGAGUUGUUGAAAGCCCUGAGGAUUAAGGCAGAGUUUCGUGAUCUGAAUAUUGAUCCGUCUUUCGCAGAUGAAUUGGCAGAUCGAAUGCGAUUGGAUCCUUGCGAUCGAGAGCUUGUUUAUGACAGUCUACCAACGGUUUAUGUCAAUGGAAAAUACUUCGGGAACGACGCCACGCUUUUCCAGGAGAAUGAGAACAAGAAUCUUGUCGGCAUCCUUCACGACUUCCAGGGUCGCGAAGAUUGCAGCACAUGUCACGGCACCGGCUACACUGUCUGCUCGCUUUGCCGUGGUGGAAAGAAAGCACGCGAAACAUUUCGAGUUCGUCUACGUUGCGCCCAUUGCGAUCGGAACGGGAUCGCUCCAUGUCUGAGCUGCUCUCCUUGUAAAACAUAA